AAGUUUAAAAGCGUGAUGUAUUCCAGCGGUUUGUUCUUGAUUAUCAGUUUGAUAUUGUUUCAUCUCGCAGACGGACAGAACGACAGCUGCCUAACGCCCAACGCACAGAAUGGCAUCUGCAUCGUGUACGUAAACUGUGACUUCAUACUGCAGCUGCUGAUCCGCAACGCUAAUCUGCGCGAUCCAGCGAUCGAGAACUAUGUGGCACAGUCAGUCUGUGGCUACAGCGAUGUAACACCGAUGGUUUGCUGUCCAACGUUCAGGUUCGCUCACCAAGACUCAAACACGACAUCCAGCUUCACCAAUCCACCAACCGUUACUACCGCACCCGGGUCCUUCUUUUUCGCGGCCGUUUCAUCCACUGGAGCAGGUUCUAGCACUGCCGGCCCAACGACCGUACCGCCCAGCAGCACCGGCUCGAACCGGCUCCCAACGAACGAUGCCGACCGUUGUGGCAUGUCGAACGGGACGCACACGCGUGUGGUCGGCGGUGUCGAUGCGCAGCUAAACGCUUGGCCAUGGAUGGCAGCACUCGGCUAUCGAUCGACAUCGUUCGAGCUUAACGCCGGACCACGGUUUCUGUGCGGUGGUACGCUGAUCACCACCCUGCACGUCCUGACCGUGGCGCACUGCAUCCAGACGGCGCUGUACUUUGUACGGCUCGGGGAGCACGACAUCACGUCCGACCAGGACGGUGCCAACCCGGUAGACAUCUACAUACAGCGCUGGGUGGUGCACGAGCGCUACGAUGAGAAAAAGAUCUACAACGAUAUUGCGCUGGUGCUGUUGCAGAAAUCCGUCACCAUUACGGAGGCAGUCCGGCCGAUCUGUUUGCCGCUGGAAGCGAAACAGCGCACCAAGGAUCUAACCUAUUACGCACCGUUCAUUGCCGGGUGGGGAGCGGUCGGGUACAACGGGCCGACCGCUGCCCGGCUGCAGGAGGCACAGGUGGUCGUGCUUCCGGUUGACCAGUGUGCGUUCAACUACAAGCUGUACUUUCCCGGGCAGAUCUUCGAUGACACGGUGCUGUGUGCUGGUUUCCCCCAAGGGGGCAAAGACUCCUGCCAAGGAGAUAGUGGCGGUCCGCUAAUGUUGCCCGAGCUCUCGUCCAACGGCCAGUACUACUACUACACCCUCAUCGGACUCAUCUCGUACGGAUACGAAUGUGCGCGGGCUGGGUUUCCGGGGGUGUACGUGAAAGUGACCGCGUAUCUUCCCUGGAUCGAGGCGAACCUCAACUUCUUUGAAUUUUGUUGCAAAGCAGUGUACCUAAUCCGUGUGAGCAUAAUGUGGAAGUUAAUGUUCCUUAUUCUUACCUGCCUGGUUAUAAGCCAAGUGCAACCGCAAGCCGGCCGAUCUUGCUAUACCCCGAACGGUCAGAUAGGCGUGUGUCAGGUGUUCCAGUACUGUGCCUCUCUGAUCCGGUUGUACCAGUACAACAGGAACCAGGAGACGGUAAACUUCCUGCUCGCCUCCCAGCGCAGCUGCGGCAAUCGCAACUUUAACGGCAGCCCAGUGCUCUGCUGCAGCGACGGCGUGCAGUACGAUCCCACUACAACCUCGUCUCCUUUUGUAGAGGUAACGACAGCUCCUCCGACCACGCUGGCACCGCUCCGUACGGCCGACUGCAUCGGGCCGGACAAUCGCGAAGGAUACUGCAUAAAUAUUCGAAGCUGCCCGGAUGUGUUGAAUGAGUUCGUCCAGCGCCAGCGCGACCCACAGUACGUGCAGUACAUCCGCCAGUCUAAUGCCGUGUGCAACUACAUCCAGCCAAACGUGUGCUGCCCGCUGCAGAAGUCAGCUCCGCCUGCACCACCGACCGCUCCACCUACUGCACCACCGACGGCUCCUCCGCCACCGCCGCCAGCACCUGUCACCCAAGCUCCCCCUGCACCGGCACCGUCCAACGGGCCGGCUGAGUUGCUAACGCCCGAAACGGGCUGCGGAUACAGCACGGUGCAGCACAACCGGGUGGUCGGCGGUGUUCCGGCCGAACUGAAUGGAUGGCCCUGGAUGGCGCUGGUCGGGUAUAAGAAUACGCUCGGCGAGGUUUCGUUCAAGUGUGGCGGUUCGCUCAUCACCAAGCGCCACGUACUGACGGCGGCUCACUGUAUUCGACGUGAUCUGUCGUCGGUUCGAUUGGGUGAGCACGAUACGUCCACCGAUGCGGAAACGAAACACAUCGACGUCCCCGUCGUUCGCUACGAAUCUCAUCCAUCGUAUGACAAAAAGGACGGACACACCGAUUUGGCCGUGCUGUACAUGGAGUUUGAGGUGCAGUUCAGUGAUGCGAUCAAGCCCAUCUGUCUGCCCUUGAGCGACACGAUCCGCAGCAAGAACUUCAUCGGCUACACCCCGUUCGUGGCGGGCUGGGGUCGCACCCAGGAGGGUGGCAAGUCGGCCAACGUGCUGCAGGAGCUGCAGAUUCCCAUCAUCGCGAACGACGAGUGCCGCACGCUGUACGACAAGAUCGGGAAGGUGUUUUCGCAGAAGCAGUUCGACAACGCGGUCAUGUGUGCCGGUGUGAUCGAGGGUGGAAAGGAUUCGUGCCAGGGCGACAGUGGUGGGCCGCUGAUGUUGCCGCAGCGGUUCGGUACCGAGUUCCACUACUACCAGGUCGGCAUCGUGUCGUACGGUAUCGGAUGCGCUCGUGCGGAAGUGCCCGGCGUUUAUACGCGCGUGGCCAGCUUCGUCGACUGGAUACAGCAGAAGGUUGCGGAACCGCUGUAAGGCCCUCUGCGCUGCGUGAAGAUACUCUAUGUUUGUGUUGUUUUCUCUUACGUUUGCAAUAAAUGGUAUUAUUAGUGUUGUGAGUACAAAUGAAAA